AUGAGCUGCCCCAUUGACAAAAGGCGUUCCCUGAUCGCCUUCCUGCGCCGGCUGCGCGACCUCGGGCAGCCCCCUAGACCCGUGACAUCCAAGGCGUGCGCUUCCCGCGAGCCAAAAGAGGUGCCCCUCUGCCCGCUGGUGACAAGUGGUCAGAGUCGGGACGCCACCUCCCUGCCUGGACCAACCAACUGGCCACUGCUAGGCAGUCUACUGGAGAUUCUUUGGAAAGGUGGCCUGAAGAAACAGCAUGACACACUGGCAGAGUACCACAAGAAGUACGGCCAGAUUUUCCGGAUGAAGCUGGGCUCCUUCGACUCGGUGCACCUGGGCUCGCCGAGCCUGUUGGAAGCUCUAUACCGUACGGAGAGUGCAUAUCCUCAGAGACUGGAGAUCAAACCCUGGAAAGCCUACCGCGACCACCGCAAGGAGGGCUAUGGGCUGCUGAUCCUGGAAGGAAGAGAGUGGCAGAGAGUCCGAAGCGCCUUCCAAAAGAAACUAAUGAAGCCGGUGGAGAUCAUGAAGCUGGACAAUAAGAUCAAUGAGGUCUUGGUUGAUUUUAUGGGAAGAAUAGAUGAGCUGUGUGAUGAAAGAGGCCGCAUCAAAGACUUGUACAGCGAACUGAACAAAUGGUCCUUUGAAAGUAUCUGCCUUGUGUUAUAUGAGAAGAGAUUUGGGCUCCUUCAGAAGGACGCAGAGGAAGAAGCGCUGACCUUCAUUACGGCCAUCAAGACGAUGAUGAACACAUUUGGAAAGAUGAUGGUGACCCCUGUGGAGCUGCACAAGAACCUCAACACCAAAGUGUGGCAGGCGCACACUCUGGCCUGGGACACCAUUUUCAGAUCAGUAAAGCCUUGCAUCGACAACCGCUUGGAAAAAUAUUCCCAGCAGCCUGACACAGAUUUUCUUUGUGAUAUUUACCAUCACAAUCAUCUCUCUAAGAAAGAACUGUACGCGGCUGUCACGGAGCUCCAGCUUGCUGCAGUGGAGACGACAGCAAAUAGCUUGAUGUGGAUUCUCUACAACCUAUCCCGGAACCCCCAAGUGCAGCAGAGACUUCUUCUGGAAAUCCAGAGUGUGUUGCCCAGGGACCAGGCACCAAGGGCGGAGGAUUUGAGAAGUAUGCCCUACUUAAAGGCCUGUCUAAAAGAAUCCAUGAGGCUUACCCCAAGUGUGCCGUUCACAUCUCGGACUCUCGACAAGCCAACAAUUCUGGGUGAAUACACUUUACCCAAAGGAACGGUGUUAAUGCUAAAUACCCAGGUGCUGGGUUCCAGUGAGGACAAUUUUGAAGAUUCCAAGCAGUUUAAACCUGAACGUUGGCUUCAGAAAGAGAAAAAGAUCAAUCCCUUUGCCCACCUUCCAUUUGGCCUUGGGAAGAGGAUGUGCAUCGGGCGUCGACUGGCUGAGUUACAGCUCCACUUGGCUCUUUGCUGGAUCAUUCAAAAAUAUAAGAUCGUGGCUACAGAUGAUGAGCCCGUUGAAAUGCUGCAUCUUGGCAUCCUGGUACCCAGCCGGGAAAUACCCAUUGCAUUCUGUCCACGGUAGGAUGCUGAGACUUUUUUUUCCACCAAGAUCAAAACCAGCAAUCUUUCCCUUUCUGCAAGAAUGGUGCUUAUGGCUUCGGUGUUCCUAGAUGGCAAACUUCAAGGACCUGAGCAUGGGACUGCCUGCAGAGCAUGGCUCACAUUGCCCUCUGUAGACUAUUCUAGAAACUAUUGUCUAGACAACGAUGUUUACUAAGACCAUCUACUCAGGGAAGCACAUAAAGUGUGGGAGCACCAGGCCCCCUCUAGACCGCGCCACUGGUUUACAUCAGCCAAUCAGAGCCCUCCUUGCUUCUGUGGACUACUCAAGAGCCGGCUGCCUCUCCCUCUUCUGUGAUACCACUGUGAGGCUGACAGUCAGCCAUUCUAGAAAAGGUUGCUAAGUAUUUCUGUUACCAUACUCAAAGAAGCGUCUUUAAUUCUCAUUUCCAUCUCAUAAAGAAAGACCUACUAUGGCUUAAUUAUCUGGGGAUCUUAGUGGGUCUGACAGCGCCCAUUUUAUUCUAACUCUGUUUCAUGCAAUAUUUACAGAAAUGCCAGCUGCCAACAGAGCUAAAUGUUAGGUAAAGGCUCUCAUACAGCUAUUUUUCCUGCAUACAAGGGGAAACAUGGUUGGGGAUUAGAGACUGUCUAUUUUAAAGAAGAUCUUUAAUGAAGCCAGCUCCUUGCUUAAAAAUGUUUUGUUCAUGCAGAGGACUCUAUAAUUUUUCAUUUCACUGGUAUCUUUUCUCUGUAGCAUUGGAGUGUGCAUAGACAAAUCAGCAGUUUCUAAGCUGUGCAUGGGUUGGCACAUGUGUGUGUGUGUGU